UUAUAAGGUUUUUUUCUCCCCCUUUUCUUAAAGCUUUCAAACAUCAAUAUUUCUGCUCUUUUUUUUUUCUGUUACUGAAUAGCCUAGAAAUUGGAAAAAAUAAAAUCAACUUGGGAAAAAAUUGAGUUGAUAAAUCUUAAGAGAGCUACACACAGCUGAUUAAUGUGCAUAAUGGAUCAGCAGCAGGAAAUGUCUUCACAAACACUAGAAAGCAUGUUGGUUUGCACAAAGCCAGAUCAAGAAAAGAAGCCAAGGCCAGCAGAACAACAACCCCAAAAAUGUCCAAGAUGUGACUCUGGCAACACAAAAUUCUGUUACUACAAUAACUACAGUCUGACCCAGCCCAGAUACUUCUGCAAAUCUUGCAGAAGGUACUGGACUAAAGGAGGUACACUAAGAAAUGUUCCAGUUGGUGGUGGUUGCAGAAAAAACAAAAGAUCAUCCACAUCAUCAUCAAAAAGAUCAAGCCAAGAUAACAUGAGCCCCAACAAUAAUAAUCCAUUAACAAUACCAAUAUCUUCUUAUGAUUCCUCAACUGAUUUGAGCCUAGCAUUUGCUAGGCUCCAAAAACAAACAAAUGGGCAUUUGGGAAUUGAUCAAGAAAACAACAACAACAACAUGUCAAUGAUGUACAAUACUGGCAACAACAAUACUAGUACUACCUUUCUUGAUGCACUAAGGGGUGGAUUUCUUGAAAAUGCCCCAAAUCAUGGAUUAUUUCACAACAACAAUAUGUACUAUGGGAACAUGGGGCAAUUAGUAGACAAUGGAGAAUUGGGAAUACAUUAUGAUCAAGAAAUGAGUAUUGGUACAAGUACAGUGAAGCAGGAGAUGUAUUGCAACACGGCGCGAUCAUCAGAAGGUCAUGACCAGAAUAACAGUAAUAAUAAUAAUAAUGAUAGCAAAGUCUUGUGGGGCUUUCCAUGGCAACAGAUGAAUGGAGAUCAUCAUCAUGUAAACAACAUGAAUAUGAGUGAUUUUGAAUCAACAAACAGGCAAAGUUGGAAUGGAUUUGGGGGUUCUUCUAAUUGGCAUGGACUUCUUAAUAGCCCCCUUAUGUAGAUGUUUAGAAGAAAAAAAAAGAGCUAGAAUUUCAUUAAUUUCUUAGAUCAAACAGUUUUAAUCUUUAAUUUAAAUAUCUAAGAAUUUUGUGUCAGGUGUUUUUAUUCAUCUGAAUUAUUAAUCCCUAUGUUGUUGUUUUUUGGCUUCAUUGGAUGUGUAUCUUUUUGUUUGUCUAAUAUUGAUUGACAAAUUAAUGAAAACUUAAAAAUUUUGUUCUCUUA